AUGUUAUCUUCACCUAGUUCACCUACAACAAUACACCAAGAUACUAUACCUCCUCCAUGGAAUCACGCGUUAUUGACUAGUUACAAAAAAAAUUAUCCAAAUAAAACUACUCCAAUCUACUUGCCCAUGUCCAACAUGAGACGAUCUGGAGAUAUUUCAAUGCAUUGCCUCUCAUUCAAAGGAUUUCUUAAAGAUUAUCAUUUGCAAUACUUCAAGUUUUUAUUAGCCAUGAAUGAUCAUACCUUGAUGGGUGAUAUUAAAUCAGACAGGAACGGUAGAAUCACUUGGAUCAUGCCUUUUACUCAAGAAUAUUAUCUAUUCAAAGGCAAGUUUUAUAUCGCCUCUUCACCUAAUCAGGUUACUCGAUAUCCACCUCCUAAGGUACCAGAAGAUGAUGACUAUUGGGAAAACCAGCGUAUACAGUUAUGGAAUGAGUUAAAUGAUAAAACAAAAGUCACCUUUACUUGGCCUUCAAGAGGGGAUCGACCGAGAUCAGCAGAUAUUUCGAUGGAGAUAAAGAAUAUGGAUAUUGCUAUGGAUAAUCUAUGUUUGCUGAUCUACAAGGUGACUGAGGUUGAACAUUUGGAUUAUUCAAUAUUUCCACCUAAAAGAAUGGUUUAUACCCUUUCAAGCAAAUCCAACGAUUGGAAAGUCGAAACAGCUAAUCCAUAA